AUGGCCGAUCAACCAUACGACCCCUACAUUCCCCAAGGUGGUGCUGGCGGCGGCGCCAGUGGAGCUCCUGGAAACCAAAGAACUGCGGCUAUUCAAGCGCAAAUCGAUGACACCGUUGGUAUUAUGCGUGAGAAUAUCAAUAAGGUCGCCGACCGUGGAGCCAGGCUAGACUCUCUUCAAGACAAGACAGACAAUCUUGCCAACUCGGCCCAAGGUUUCCGUCGUGGUGCAAACCGGGUCAGGAAGCAAAUGUGGUGGAAAGAUAUGAAGAUGCGUAUGUGCCUGGUCGGCGGGAUCAUCAUUCUUCUGGUAAUCAUCAUUGUGCCAGCAGUUCUUGCCUCAAAAAAAUGA